CCUUAUUUCUUAGCUUUUUGAACGAUUUUGCAACUAUAUAUAUUUGCCUUUCCUGUCUUCAGAAAAACACAUUUCGGCAUGCAGUUGGUUUUCUCACCUAUCAUAUAUACCAUAGCAAGGGAAAGGUAGGAGAGAUCGAUCAGUUACUAUGAACGUUGAAAGCGAGAGGAAAGAUGAACAAGAGGUGAAAGGGUGGAGAAAAGCUUUAAAAAGUGUAGGGAAUUGGCUGGCACAUAAGGAUAAGGAUGAAUGGUUGAAGGACAUGAGGGGAGUGCUGAGUUUGGUGUCUACGGUGAUCGCAACAAUGACCUUUCAAAGUGCUUUAAAUCCACCAGGUGGAGUUAGACCCGGAAACGAGAGUGGAGUUGUUCAAUGUCCAGAAAACAGUGCAGAUAAUAAUCCAUGUCCCGGAGAAUCUAUCCUAGCUGUUCUUUACCCUGAUGAAUAUAAAAUAUUCCUCAUUUGGAACACAACAUGUUUCAUUUCAUCUUUAGCAGUGUGUCUCUUGCUUGUAAGUGGGUUCCCUCUCAAUCACAGAUUCUUCACCUGGCUUUUGUCAAUAGGGAUGUGCAUCACCAUCUCCAGCCUCACUCUUACCUACAUGACUGGUGCGGGAAUGGUCACCCCGGAUCCCCUUUGGAAUACAACCAACUCCAUGUUUAAUAAAGUUAUUUAUAUUUGGAUUUCACUGCUAGGACUCGUCGCAUUUGUCCUUUGCCUACGCCUAAUUGUUUGGAUUGUCUUUGCCUGCAGGUAAUUAAACCUUGAAAUCCAAUAUCCCAUGCCAUACUUUUAGUAUUCAAGAGGUGUGAUUUCAAUAGGAAACGAGAAUGUAACUCAUGCUAUUCUCUCUAUUCUUGUAUCAUUUUGGUGUAAGCAUGUGUGGUAGGCGUGUAUAAUCUUUGUGAUUCUCAAGUCUUUAUAUAUUAUGGGAUAUAUUUCUAUAAUAA